AUGAGCAAGUUCGGUGUCAUGGUGAUGGGCCCCGCCGGGGCAGGCAAGUCAACCUUCUGUGCGUCGCUGAUAACGCAUUUGCAACUGAACCGCCGGUCCUGCUUCUACGUCAACCUGGAUCCGGCCGCCGAGUCCUUCGAACAUCAACCGGACCUAGACAUCAAGGACUUGAUCUCGCUAGAAGAUGUAAUGGAGGAGAUGGGCCUGGGACCCAACGGCGGCCUCAUAUACUGUUUCGAAUUUCUCAUGGAGAACCUCGAUUUCCUGACAGAGGGUCUCGAUUCCCUGACGGAAGAAUAUAUGAUCAUCAUCGACAUGCCCGGCCAAAUCGAACUUUACACUCACGUGCCGAUCCUCCCAGCCCUCGUCCGAUUCCUCACCAAGACGGGCAAUCUAGACAUCCGCCUGUGUGCCGCAUAUCUUCUCGAGGCAACCUUUGUGGUGGACAGGGCCAAGUUCUUCUCCGGGACGCUUAGCGCCAUGUCUGCCAUGAUCAUGCUCGAAGUCCCGCACAUUAACAUCCUGUCCAAGAUGGACCUGGUCAAAGACCAAGUCAGGAAGAAGGAUAUGAAGAGAUUUAUCACGCCGGACCCGCUCCUGCUUGACGACGACCCGGCAGAGAUUGCACGCCGGAGGGAAGAAGGGACAUCCGCCGAGGAUGAUGCUCUUGUGGACCCGCAGGAUAAGGACUCGGUCAUGAGGGGUGCUAGUUUCCGAAGAUUAAAUCGAGCCGUGGCGGGAUUGAUCGAGAAUUUUAGCAUGGUCAGCUAUCUGAAGCUGAACGUGCGGGACGAGGACAGCGUUGGUGCAAUUCUGAGUUAUAUCGACGAUUGCAUCCAGUUCCACGAGGCACAGGAGCCCAAGGAGCUGAAGGACAACGAGUUUGACGAGCCAGAGAUGGAAUUCUAG